AUGAGCUUAAUACAUAGAAGAGUUUUAUCAGCAAGUCGUUGUCUUCUUCGUUCACAACACACUGAAAUAGGUGUUGUAGCCCCCGAAAAACUUGGUGAUGUCGAAAAUUACCCUGGACACAUCAAAACCAAUUUCUUACAAAAAUCUCUUCUGAGUAUUGGGAGCGGGAUUGGGUGUCUGAUUAACCCAAAAAGGGCUGAUCUCCUCAGCACAUUUGGAGAGACUAGCGGGGAACUCGCUUUAGGCCGAAUAUUAAAUAGAAUGCUGAAUGAUCCUGAUGGUUCUCGCAUUUUACGUGAUCGGCCAACUAUUCGUACUAACACAAUUGAUUUAGUUAGCCUUCGUAAGCUGCCUGAGGGUACGUUCGGAAAAGCGUAUACGAAGUUUCUGGAUAAAUAUGGUUAUUCACCUGAUGAAAGACACUAUGUUAGAUUUGUAGAUGACCCAGAUUUAGCAUACGUCAUGCUUCGGUAUCGGGAAAUACAUGAUUUGGUUCAUACUUUGCUUGGUCAACCUACUGACAUGCUUGGUGAAGUCGUUGUUAAAUGGGUAGAAGGCAUACAAACUCUUCUUCCUAUGUGUUUAACUGGUGGUUACUUUGGAUCUCUGCGUCUCGCACCCAAACAAACGGAGCGUUUUGUAAGAAGCCAUCUGGAAUAUGCCAUUCGUACUGGCAGAGAAGCUCGUUUUCUAAUGUGUGUUUACUUUGAAGAACAUUGGGAAGAUAAUUUGGAAGAUUUUAGGUCAUCCUUAAAUAUUCAGUCGCCUCCACACCCCAGAAAACUGGAUUAA